AUGGCGCCCCAGCCCGAAAAGAGUCAAUUGAAGCGCGCUCUGCAAUCCGCCGGCGAGGACGACACCGAGUACAAGAAGCCGCGCACCGAGCAAGCGGCUGCCGCCAAGGGCCACGACACGCCGCUGAAGGUGCUCAACGCCGCUUUCCCUUCCCCAGUGACCCAAGGUGGCUCAAGCACGACCGAUGCCUCCAAAGAGGGCACCGCAACACCGCCAUCCAAAAGCGGUGAUGAUGGGCCGGCGGUGGCGGGCAAAGGUCCCGUCGAGAACUCGCAGCGCACCGGUCUGUCAUCGCCGCCCUCAGAUACUCAGCCGUACUCGCAAUUCACAUACCCUCCCGGCCCCUGGUACGAGGUGCAGGACGAGGAGGCCGAGGAUGUCUGGGGAUAUUUAGUGCCCAUGGAUGACAAGUUUGGAGACGUUCUCGUGCUGAGAAAGCGCAGCGCGUGCCCUCUACCUAACCCCCCUCCCCUGCCAUCUGGUAAGGCAGUCAUGAGGAGGGGGUCACUCGAGAAGCAGGAGGAGAAAUACGAAGAGACGAAGCAGAACGAUGGUGUCCCGGCCGGUGGGUAUCUGAUUGGCAGGCACCCGGAGUGCGAUCGUGUCAUCAAAUCGUCGCUAGCAAUUUCGAACCGCCACUGUCUGUUUUUCUCGGAACACAAGGGCGGUGGCGCCGUUGCAGUGCUCGAAGACCUCUCGGCCAAUGGCACAUUUGUCAACGAUGCAAUUGUUGGUCGCAACAAACGGCGGGAGCUCCACGAAGGCGACCAGAUCCACAUCGUCGAUGAAGCCAAGUGCAUGUUCCGUUACCCGCGCAGCAAACGCACAGCGAACGGCUUCAGUGAGCAAUACAGCGUUCAGGAGCAGCUCGGCAAAGGUCACUUUGCAUCUGUCUAUCUUUGCAUCGAAAAGUCAAGCGGGAUGCGGUUUGCCGUCAAGAAGUUCGAGAAACGCAGCGGUGCUUCCGAACGGUCCAAGGUGGAAGGCUUGCAGCAGGAAAUUGCCGUCCUGAUGAGCGUCAGCCACCCUUCGCUCCUGUGCCUCAAGGACACGUUCGACGAGGCGGAUGGCGUUUACCUUGUUCUGGAACUCGCUCCAGAAGGAGAACUUUUCAACUGGAUCGUGAUGAAGCAAAAGCUGUCCGAAGACGAAACAAGGAAGGUGUUCGUGCAGCUGUUUCAAGGAGUCAAAUACCUGCACGAACGAAACAUUGUACACAGGGACAUCAAGCCAGAGAACAUCCUGCUGGUGGACAAGGAGCUGAAAAUCAAACUUGCUGACUUCGGCCUUGCAAAGAUCAUUGGAGAGGAAUCCUUCACGACGACGCUGUGCGGCACGCCUAGCUACGUUGCCCCCGAGAUUCUUGAGACGUCAAACCAUCGUCGCUACACCCAUGCCGUCGAUGUUUGGUCCCUCGGUGUCGUCCUCUAUAUUUGUCUUUGCGGAUUCCCGCCGUUUUCUGACGAGCUUUGCACCCGGGAGAAUCCCUAUACAUUGUCUCAGCAAAUCAAGAUGGGAAGAUUCGAUUAUCCUAGCCCAUACUGGGACUCGGUCGGCGAUCCUGCCCUGGAUUUGAUUGACAGGAUGUUGACGGUCGAUGUCAACAAGCGCAUCAGCAUUGACGAGUGCCUUGAGCACCCAUGGACCCGCAAUGCCUGUGGGCCAACCGCAAGCAUUGACUCAACCGAUGGCUUGACCGGAGCUUUGGGCAAUCUCGAUUUUGCCAAGCGCAAAGUCAAACGCGAGCGAACGCUUUUGAGCAGCAUCAAUGACGUAAAGGUCAGCAGAGUGGUGGAGCUCGCGAGCGAUGCUCCACCGCUCAAGAUCUACGAGAAGAACGGCAACAGCUCACAAAGCAAAUCGCCGUCAAAGGCCCGGAAGGCCAAGAAGGAGGACACUCCGUCGAAAGAGAGAAACGAGGCGGAAUUCAUGGAAAUGGGCGGCAAAGGCGACGAGACGCUCUACGGCGACGAGACGAGCAGGUACCCCGGGGCGUGA